AUGGCUCAGUGGGCGGGUGCUUAUUUGAACGAGACCCCACCCCCGGUGUGCUGUACCUCCGUGCAGGACAACCAGGGCAGGUGGCUCUUACGUCUGGUGAUGCCAAAGGAUGCCGCCAGGUGCAAUCUUGGUCUUCCAGCUGUCUCUUGCUUCUUGAGUUUUCUGACAGUGCACCUGUGCCUUUAGCGGCUGCACAGGAGGCAGGAACUCAGCAGGCAAAGUUUCUCCGUCUCCGCAUCUCCUAAAUGCUGUGGAAAGCUGCACCUGUUGAAUUCCUGGCUGUUAACGCAGCUGCUGUAAAGGGUGCAGUGGGAACCAGGAGAGAUAGUGGAAGAAUGUGCCUGUGUUGAGGGGCGGCAGACUGGUAUAGCUGGGGUUCAGUGUCGUUGAUAGUGGGAGGAUUCUAGAAACGGAAGGCUCACAGAAUCCUAGAGCUGGAAGGGACCUAAAGGGGCAUCUAGACCAACCCCCUGCAAUGCAGGAAUCACAGCGAAGAUCUCCUUGGCAGCUUUGCUAGUGGGAAGCAAUCUACUUCGGUGGUAGAGCCCCAACUUUGCAUGGAGCUGAUCCCAGAGUCACUCUCAAACCAUUUCCUUAACUGUGUGAUGAAAGAGGUUUCCUUCUGAUAUUAUUUAUAUAUAUAUAUAUAUAUAUAUAUAUAUAUAUAUAUAUAUAUGUAUUUGGGGUGGAGGAGGGCAUGGGGGCAAUGUGGCCUGACUCCCAAGCUUUGCUGUACACAAUGUAUUUUUUGUGAGGCAGUGUGUGUGUGUGUCUGUGCUUUCUGUUAAUGCGGGUGAGAAUAGCUCUUGGAAUUUGCAGGUUGAACCAUACCUCUUGAAUGGGGGGCAUCUCUAAUAAAAGUUCUUCAAUUAUUGGACUGUCAUCCUAGGUUUUCAUAAACAGUUGUUCUUGCACCUCUAGGGUAGUGGCUGAUUUGAUGCUCCUUCAUUCAGUUGCUCCCCUCAUCUGACACACCUGAUCCAUUAGUACCAUUGGGCUAGUCCAGUGGAACUCUUUGCCACUGGAGAUUCAGCAGGUACCUUCUGUGUCAACUUUGAAACGCCUGCUGAAAACUUUUUAGUACCUUCAGAAAAUAAAGAACGCACCCUUCCACAAUGUUUUUUUUUAAAAAAACCCCUGUUUAUAUGGUUUUAUUGCUGUAAACUGCAAUUUUUCAAUGACGCAGCAGUAUACUAGCAUUUUGUAAAACGCAGGUUCUCCUUCAGUGCCUCACCCAAAGGCCCAUGCCCAUCUCUCACCCUGUCUUUGCUCCCUCCCCUCCCCUAUAUAGGAGUUGGCAGCUGCAGGCACAGAGAAGAUGAGGAACCCUCCGCUCCGGAUCCUGGUCUCGGGUUCAGAGGAGUCUGGGAAGUCCACCCUCGUUGGCCACCUUCUCUACAAAUGUGGGCAUCUUAAAGCAGAAACUAUGGAGACCCUCUGGAAACAGGUAUCUCCUUCCUAAUUAUUAAGUUUGUGGCUUGACUUUCUGCCAAAUGAUGCUCAAGGUGGCUCAAAGCAAGGAAAAUACAAAGUAUUUUCACAUGCCACCCCUGUCUCCGAGUGGCGAGAGACCCCAGGAGCUGCAGGUGCUUCAGAAUCUCUGGAUAUCUAUACAACCUGAGCGUAAGAUGGAGGGGUUCAUGGCCCCAACAGCCCCGGUAGAUCUUGCUUCUCCAUUAAUCACAGCUUUGGGUCCAGUGUAGAGCAAGCAGGUCACUGGGUCUCCUUCUUCAAGCCCUUCCCCAGCUUCCAGCUCACCUGGCAGCCAGGUGAGCAGGGUGGAGAAAUGCCCCCUCCCCCAAUCAGCCUGGAAGGUCCCAUCACUGGUUGCUGUUCCUGUAACCUGCCUCAUUCUUUUGGGAUGCUGAUGAGGACAUUGCAGUAGCCAGCUAAGGUCAUGGUCUUGCAAAGAAACUUGUCUGACUAGUUCUGAAAUAAAACCUUAGAUUCUCCCUGGGUACAGGACCCCCAAGAACUGGAAUGGACUCGGGGCAUCAUCCAGACUGAAACCCCUCCCCAAAACACCCAACAAUACAGUGGUACCUCUGGUUAAGAACUUAAUUCAUUCCGGAGGUCCGUUCUGAACCUGAAACUGUUCUUAACCUGAAGCACCACUUUAGCUAAUGGGGGCUCCUGCUGCUGCUGCGCCGCCGGAGCCCGAUUUCUGUUCUCAUCCUGAAGCAAAGUUCUUAACCUGAGGUACUAUUUCCGGCUUAGCGGAGUCUGUAACCUGAAGCGUCUGUAACCCGAGGUACCACUGUAUUUUCCAUUAAAGAGAACAUAAAAUCAGUGUAAAUGACAUCAUAUAGGCAGUGCCAAUAAAACAUGUCAAUGAAUAAAGUGUUAACCUGGAUACUGCUUGGCAUACCUAAGUGCUGUUAAACGGGGGUGGGGGUGGUGUCCGCUGUAUGCCCCUGCCUGCUUGGGAUUUUCUGCCACCUCUGUCUCCUUUGCAGAAGGUGGAGCAAGGCAAGUCGUACCGGCAGUUGCUGCAGACCCUCCAGCAAGUUCAGAAAAGGGGUGCGGCUCCGGGGAGAGGGCAUUACAAGAGCCCCACGUAUGAUGUCACCAUUGCAGAACCCCCAAGUCGUGUAGGGAUGUACCGCAGCUGCUGCUUGCAAGGCCAGCAAAAGGUGAGAGUCUCUGCUCCUCAGCAGCUGAGGGGACAAGAGAGGUUUCAUGCCAAAGGUUGUGUCCUGCGCAUGCAGUAAAUGUGUUGGGCGGGAAGGGGCUGGGUGUCAAAUUCUCCCCCCUCCUCACUCUCAGUUUUGCCCUUUUAAAGCUCAGCGGGAAGAAGAGGGGUGGCAUAAAACGAGAAUUCCUUGGCUCUGCCAGCCGCUCGCUCUGGCACCACCUUCUGUCCACCUCCUUGUCUUCUGUCCUGCCAGUUCCAAUGGGUACCAGCCACCACCGUCUUGUCAAAUCUUUGGGCUCUUCCUUGGCCUGGACCUUCUCAAUCAGGGGCCAGCAACCUAAGGCCCGGGGGCCAGAUGCGGCCCAAUCGCCUUCUAUUAUUUUUUUUAAAAAAUAAUAUUUAUUAAUAAUUUCAGAAUUACAGAAAAAAAUAAAAAAUAAAAAACAACACUGCAAUACAUAAAAAGAAGAAAAAACGCAAAACAUAAAAACCAAUAGAACAAUACAGCAAAAAGAAAAUAAAAAAAAGAGGGGGGAAAAAGACACAAAUCCCAUAUUACAUAUCUUUAACUUCCAUUUGCUUGUUUCGUUGACCUCCUCACACCUCCCUUUUUGUAUUCUAGUCUAGUUAGUUAUUUCAGCAAAUUCUUUCCAUCUUUCUCAAUUUUUAUUAGAUGAUUUAUCUUAACAAUUUAACCUAUUAAUUAACUCGAGGGAUCCUUUCCAUCUUUCCCCAUAUUCUGUUAUUCAAAUUACCUUAAUUUAUUUAACCUUAUCUUACCAUAAAAUACCUUAAAACUUAAAACUUAAUACUCAGUUAUACAUAACUCCUGAUAUCAUUUCUGCUAGAGUCAUAUAGUUUCAUUCCAACAUUUUCCCUAAUAUUCAUUAAUUUUAGGCUAAUUCCCUAAAUAAAAAUUUUUUCUUUAUAAAUUUUCUUCCAGUCUUCAUCCAACGUCUCUUUUUCCUGGUCUCAGGUCGUGUCAGUCCUUACUGUCCAUUCCAUCUAGUCCAUCAACCUGGAAGUCUUAUGUCCGAGGCCCUUAAGUCUCUUCCAUGUCCCUUCUGCAGAUCUUCUUCUUCUUGUUUAUACUUGCACUUUUCCUUGUCUUUUGUUGGUCUCUUUCUUAAUUUCUUUCCUUUCUCAUUGAGGAGUAGGUCUCUGGGGGGUUCCAACCCAAAGUUAUCUCCGUCUCCCUUCAUCAAACCAGCCCAUUCCCCACAGUCCCACUCCCCACAGUCAUCAAUAUAAUCCAAAAAAUAUUUACGAGCAUAUUUCGAAGUCUCUCCAAAGUUAAAAGCCUCCUCAGCUCCAGACUCCCCCUGGCCCACUCCAACUUCAAUCUUCAAAAACAGUGGCUUAUGCUCCUGUAGGGCCUUGGGCCUCUCCAUUUGUAUUAUUUGAGGUGCAACCGCAGCCUCCUCCAUUAUCUUCUGCACUUGCCCCAUCAAUACAGGUUCCUGAGUUGGAUCCUGGAUGGUUUCUGUAUCACUAUUCACUAUUUGUCCACAGUUAUUGGCCACAACAGUCAUCAAAUCCAUUUUCUCAUUCAUCAAAUCCAUCUUCUCAUGCAUCUGUUCUAACAAAGCACUUGUCUUGCAUAAAGCAAGCACCAAAACUUCCUUCCAGCUCAUAUUUAGUCAAGGUCAAAAGGACUAAUCCCACAAUCUUAAUCUCACAGCUGUGGGAUCCUCCAGUAGACUGCAGCAACAAUUUAGCAGGCUCCCUCUAGAGGAGACAAUUUCUAUUUGUAUCCAUCUUUUUAAGGCAAGUCCAACAAAGGAAAAUUACUUUCAUUUUUCAGAUAUUUUGUUUCUUUAGAAUGCAAAAGGCAACAUUGGAAUCAGUUUAUUUCUCUUCUUCAGCUAUCUGUCAAAGUAUUCCAUUCACAGUCAAUGAACCUCUCCAACAAUUUCUGUCUCUGACACCCCGUUCCCAGGUUAGAGACGGUGGAAACUUAUCUUUCUUCACUCCCUCUCCUGCAGGCGUUACACAAAGUUCCCCCCCUUUUCGCCUGCUUCCAGGGGGGUUUCAGUAGUUAUAAAUGAAGGAAAUUUAGGCUUUUUAAACAACUUUCCAGGCUUUAGCUUACAAGGUUUUUGCUUUAGUCUAUAUACAAAAAGCGGAAGGCGGACUUCCUGUUUUGAACCUUCCCACUUCGAUGUCAAAUUAAGAUAUUUCUUGAUCCAAUUUUCCGUUUCUACUCACGGGUACUUGUUUUAAAUCCAAUUGUCCACAGGAAAAAGUCAGCGCUCUCCGGCAAUGGCUAUGCGGCUUCACUCCGUGAAAGUAGCAGUCAGUUCGCAGCACCGCGCUGCUCACCCCACUUCACUCCGGAAUCCCAAAAAGGGGUUCCCCAUGAGUAGGGGGGCGCUCCUGGUGCCCUGCCGAACCCCACGUUCCCAGGCUUCCUCCGCCUGGGAUUUCUAGCGGGUCCCCACCUUCGCCGCGGCGGGAAGACCCAGUUUCCACGGAGCCAGUUCCUCCGGACGGAGGAACUCCGCCACUCACUGAUGGCGCUAACCUGGAAGUCCCGGCCCAAUCGCCUUCUAAAUCUGGCCUUCAGACGGUCUGGGAAUCAGCAUGUUUUUACAUGAGUAGAAUGUGUGCUUUUCUUUAAAAGGCAUCUCUGGGUUAUUUGUGGGGCAUAGGAAUUCGUUCAUUCCCCCCCCCCAAUAUAGUCCGGCCCCCCACAAGGUCUGAGGGACAGUGGACCGGCCCCCUGCUGAAAAAGUUUGCUAACCCCUGUUCUAAAUCAGGGGUAGGCAACCUAAGGUCCACGGGCCCCAAGCAGCCUACAAGGCCCACGAGCCACCCCUGAACUGAGUCGCCCACUUGGCAAGUCCCUGUGCGCUGCGCUAAACUGGCGCAGUAUGGUGCGGGAACUUUCUUCUGCGGUGCCGGAAAUUGCAUCUGCGCAGAUGCUGGAAAUGGCAGGCGCGCGUGUGAUCCAGCCCACAGAGGGAUCUCUGCUGGAGUGAACCGGCCCAGGCGAGGUAAACCUUGCGGACCCCUGUUCUAAAUGCAUCCCCCCCCCGCAACACCCUCUGAUGUAGUAGGGCUGUUCCCACAGGAGGCAAUGACAGCAAUUUAACAUGAAUUUUACUAUCUAAUGAGACCAUUGAUCCAUAAAAUGAAAGCAAUAAACAAUGUACUGCAGUCACACAAUCAAUCAGUAGCUGAACUGGGUUCCACACAGUCACAGAAACAAAACGAAAAGAACUGCAAAAAUGCAAAAUAGCAAAAACAGACCGACCUCAGAGUAACACUCAAAAUGGAAGCAUGGCACUCAAAACAGAGCAUGUUCAGCUUCUGAAAAAAGUUCGCAAGCUGGAACACUUACUUCCGAGUUUGCAGUGUUUGGGUUCCAAGUUGUUUAAGUACCAAGGCAUUUGAGAUGCAAAGUACCACUGUAUGCGCUUGCAUCCAAGGGGUUGUGGGGGCUUCAGCCCCUACAAUAAAGCCCCAUGAAGGGAGGGGGCUCUGUUGCCUGAACCCUGCUUGCAAGUUUCCCAUUGAGGCCUCUGCUUGGCCGUUGUGAGUAGAGACUGCUGGGCUAGAGAGCCAUCUUCUGAUGUUCUUAUGGAAUACCCUUCCCUGGCAGAAAGUCAGGGCCAGGCGACUGAGAGUUUUGACGGCCUUUUCUUUCCUCCUCUCCCUCCCUCAGGUUGACUGCCUGCUGUUUGUGAUCUCUGCAGAGAAGAGGGACUUUGAAAUGCGUUGGCACAUGACCCAGAAGCAGAUCCUGCUGGCCAGCAAACUCCCGGUGAAGCAGCUCGUGGUGUGUGUCAACAAGAUGGACUCUUCCACGCCGGAGCCUUACAGCUGCGACCGCUACAAAUACAUCGUUGGGAAAGUGUGGGACUGGCUCUGGGCGUGGGACAGGGACCCCAGGAAGGUGCUCUUUCUCCCCAUCUCAGCCCUCUAUGGGGACAACCUGCAGGAGCCCAGCCUCAAGGUAGGCAACCCAUCUCUCGGGGAAACUGAGGGUAGCAGAUGCCAUAAUGCAGCUGGGAGGAACACCCAGCUACCUAAAUCAGGGCUUCAGAUUCUGGUUCAGGCAUCAGUUGCAGGACCAAGAGGGAUCAAGGACCGUAGAGCCAUUUUUAAGGGGUUAUUUCCCGUAGUGGUUCAGACAACCAGCUGGCCCAGUCCUGCCAAUUGGAAGCCAGGCCACGCUGGUCAGAUAGAGGAAGUGGGGAGGUGGGUAUCUCAGGUGGAAAUUGCUAAGGGAUUUCUCAAUCUCCCUGACGGACGGACUUAAUCAGUAAUCCAUGGACGCGACUUCUUCGUUAACCGGGCCGGCACUAUAAUGGGCCAAGGUGAGGCGGGUGCCUCAGUUUGCAGAAUUGGAGGAGGGGCAGAUUUGGUUCAGCGGAUGCAAGGUUGCUCCGGAAGUUGAACUGGGCAAGAAUCUGAGAGCCGGGGGGUCUGUCUGGGUCUCUCCUUUGCAGAUGACCUGGUUCUGCAGGUGGGAGAUCCUCAGGGAGAGAGGAGGAAUGGUCAAAGGCACAACUUUGCAGCAGUUCCUGGACACCUUCCCUGCUUGCCAUCUCAAACCGGACCUCCUGUAUACUCCUUUAGGUGGGUGGUACUCUUGAACUUGAGGGGUUUUUUUGUCUUAACAUUUAUUGAUAGAUAAAUUCAAAGAUAUACAGAAAUGCAUAUCCAUUACAAAGUCUCUUUUUAUAAUAUGCUGAGAUAAAACAGACACUUAAUCUAGAAAAGAGCCAAGUCUGGAGGAAGAAAAUGCAAGAAAAGGAGAAAUCUAAAGAAGGAGCAAGCAAGAGAAAAGGAAAGAAAGAAAAAAACGGAAGAAAAAUAGAGUAGAAUAAAAGGACUCCCGGCUCUUUGCAGCUACAGAUGAUAUUCAUUCUUUAAGCUCCAACCAUUCUAUCUUCUCUAAAGCAGUAUUUUUUUUCAAUCUUCAAAUCCAGAUAUUACAAGUUCAUUUUCUCUUUCAUGCAAAAAGUCCUUUUGGGAAGGCUGGAGGGACCAAGGAGCCACUGGGGUCAGAUGGUUCUCCUUGACACGGGGUGCAGAAGGAUGCUGUAGGAGAAAAAGGACAUGACGGUUGCCUGUCAAAGAUGCUUUAGCUGUGAUUCCUGCAUUUCCGGGGUUUGGACUUGAUGGAGAUGGAUUGAGGAUUAAGUCUGUAAAUCAAAAUUUAAGCAUUCUACCCCAUGUGUGUGGGAAAAAUAUGAAGGGCUUUUUAGCAGAGUAAACACACUUACGUGCUUUUGCAGCUUACUGGAAGCUAGGAAUUAGGCAAUUGCACCUUUUAUCCCUGUUUAUUUGUGUUCUGCUGAUCUUUUUCUCCUCUGUCCCUGUUGCUAAGAAUGAACCUUACGUUUUAGUAAAAACAUAAAUGUUUACUUACAUUUUAAUGCAGACAGCAAAUAUAUCAAUGUAGUAUGCAGGUAAAAUAGUUUUCAGUUACAAAAUACAAAACUAGUUUCCAAAAUGGAGCCUGGCCUUUGAGCAUGACCUUAACAGAUUGGAGAACAGGGUGCAAGCUAACAAUGAAUUUUAACAGGGACGAAUGUAAGGUCCUUCACAUAGGCAGGAAGAACCAGAUGCACAAAUAUAUGAUGGGGAAAACCUGAUUUAUUAGGAAUAGAUGUGAAAAGGAUCUAGGGGUCUUAGUGGACUACAAGCUUAACAUGAGUUCACAGUGUGAUGCCGCAGCAAAAAAAGCUAAUGCUAUUCUAGGCUGCAUCAACAGAAGUCUAGUUUCCUGAUCAAGGGAAGUAAUAGUAUUCUGCCUUGGUCAGACCACACCUGGAGUCCUGUGCCCAAUACUGGGCACCACAAUUUAAGAAGGAUGUUGACAAGCUGGAAGGUGUGCAGAGGAGGGAGACCAAGAUGGUCAAGGGUCUGGAAACCAAGUCUUAUGAGGAACGGUUGAAGGAGCUGGAGAAGUUUAGCCUGCAAAAGAGGAUAUUGAGAGGAGGUAUAAGAGCCAUCUUCAAAUAUAUCAAGGGCUGUCACAUGGAAGAUGGAGCAAGUUUGUUUUCUCCUGUUCUGGAGGGUAGGAUUCAAACCAAUAGCUCCAGGAAGAACUUUCUGACAGUAUGAGCUAUUUGACAGUUGGAAUGGUCUCCCUUGGGAGGUUGUGGAUUCUCCUCCAUUGGAGGUUUUUAAGCAGAGCUUGGAUGGCCAUCUGUCAUGGCUGCUUGGGCUGAGAUUCCUGCCUUGCAGAGGGUUGGACUAGAUGACCCUUGAGGUCCCUUCCAACUCUAUGAUUCUGUGAUUACAUCUGCUCACAUUGCUUACUUGAAAGGAAGAGAGAGACUGGGGCAAGAAGGAAGGAGAAAAGAUUGAAAUCCUUUGCCCUACAUCCUACCACAAGACGAUAUAACACCACAUAGACUUGCCUUGUUUAGGAAUGGAGGAACUCAAAGUGUCUUAACCCCUCCAUAUGCUUAUUUAGCAAAAGUAAUGUUCAUUUUGACUGCAGAUUAUCCCACUCUGGGUACCUCCCAACUCUACAAUUCUAUGGUUCUGUGACUGUUUUGUAGAAUGGACCGAGAAGGAAGAGAAGAUUCUCCUGAGGACAUGGAGGAGUCUCUCCUCCCAGACACCAGACCACAUCCCCAGCCCUUCUAUGAUGUCCACGGCUCUCAGGCAGGCAGGAGUCUGGCGCUCUGCAGAGCAGUGUCACAGCAAGGUGGAUGCCCUCCUGUGGCGCUACAUGGCUGACGUGCUCCGGGGAGGAAUCGAGUGCUCCCCUUCCUACUGGGAACUGCAUGACAUCCUGGGAUAUGAUGUCUCCACAGCAGCCUUUCAAUUGCGGCGAUGUAAGCAGGAACUGGUGCCAACAGCAAAUGCCCCCACUGCACCUGACCUGGGUUGGGCUGAAGAUGUGUUUGUCCUUCUGGGGCCUUCUGGUCAAGGAGCACUUGCCAUCCCAAAGGAGGGGGAGAAAGAAGAGCUUGUCAUCCCUGGGCCUUCUGGUCAAGAAGAACCUGUUGCUCCAGAGGAAGCACAACUUGUCCAUCCUGGGCAUUUUGAUCAAGGUGAGCCAGUUGUCCCAGAGGAGGGAGAGAGAGCAGAACUCAUCCUUCCUGGGCCUUCUGGUCAAGCAGAGCCUGUUGUCCCAGAGGAGGGAGAGGAAGCAGAACAUGUCCAUCCAGGGCCUUCUGGUCAAGGAGAGCCUUUUGUCCCAGAGGAGGGAGAGGAAGCAGAACAUGUCCAUCCAGGGCCUUCUGGUCAAGGAGAGCCUUUGUCCCCGAGGAGGUAG